AUGCUAAUGUCAGCUCUCGCCACCAUGUCACUUAUCGGAAUCUGGUCAUCUCGACGAGCGUUCGGUGUCUUCACUCUUGUCUUCAUGAUCCACACAUUCUUCUAUUCGAUUUUCAAUCUCUUCCAUGUCAUGGUCAUUGUUGUGAAGUCAUUUGAGGAUCCGUGUCGGUUUUUUGAAUCUUCUGGACGACUUUCGGAUAGUGUUUGUCACGUUGUCAGUGGCGUCAUUUUGGCCUCAGCAGUGGUUUGGUUGAUUGCUACGACCCUCGCCUCGAUCGCUGUCUUCUUCCGUCUGACCACUACAGCAGUUUACACGCGAAGCAUGGCAACCAGCCGAUCAACUGACAACUCGACACCCCAACUAAUCAGCAGAAAAUCGAUUGGAUCGGAGAGAGAAGUGGAGGCGCAGACACCGAGAAGAAUUAUGACGGAUAUCUUUGUUUGA